AAACUCAGGGUGAAGAGUCUUUCAAAAGGGAACAACUCAAAGAAGGAAGUCUCAUCCUCGACAGUGAAUCUGAAGGAGUCGACAACAUUAUCUUAUUCUGCAGUUGUACCAUCUACAUCAAUAUUUAAAGAUGAUACUGGUGAUUCAUGGCCUGAACAAACUGACAAAGAUGAAUAUGAUGAAGAUUUCUAUGAACAAGAGAAGCCAAUAUGGAAGAAGAAUGAGAAGCUUAAUGGUUACAACAUCUCCAAUGCAAAAGAUAAAAUGAAGAGAGCAAAUGCUCGGAUAAAGUGGAAGGAGCCACCAAGAACAGAGGCAAAGUAUUCAAAUGCAGAUGAUGAUCUGAAUGCUCUCUUAAAGGAAGAGGAAGAUCUUGUGAAUGCACAUCAAAAAAAAGUGGAGAAAACAAUGGACAUUGUUCGAGCUUUAGUGCACCGGGCUGCACUUUUUUUUUUAUUCAUUGUUGAAUAUCAUUUUCUAUUGCAAAAAAUCCCAUAAGUGGAGCUACUGGUGAGUUUGUUAUAUUGACAACUUCAGUUCUGGUCAUCGAGGAUCUGCUUCUACAGAGUAUACCAUGAAACAUUGUACUUAAAUUUUCCAGUACUCAUUUGGUUCAUAUACAUCUUUUACAUUUCAAUUGUACUGGAAUUGCAUGUACUUUUUGAAGGCGGGUUAUUCUGUCAUCUUUCUUUAUCGUAGGUUUGUAUCAAGUGCAUUGUUGUGCAUUACUAUUAUCCUGAUAUUUUUCCUUUGAAAAAAAGUAGAUGCUCCUGACUGGAUUUUUAAGGCUAGAAAACUCAACAUAUGCAGGGGAACCUGCCAGCCAUUUUUCAGAUCUCUUCCUAAGGAUCCAUUGCUUGAAUGUUUUACUUCAAUUGAUCAACCCCAAAACUACUGACCAGAAGCAUCAUAAAUUCCCAGGUAUCCAUACAAUUAACCACAGAGAGCAACAAGAAAAAACCAUGUUAGAGAAGAUAGUAAAUUUAUCCGGAAAGAGCAGUGUUAAGCUUUUUUAUAAAUCAAUACUUAUGAUUUUUUCAAGAAAAAAGCAGUGUUAGAGGAGAUAGUAAAAUUUAUCCGAAAAAAGAUGGUAGAGCAUUGGAACCUAAAAGCAUUGUUAAGCUUUUUUAUAAAUCAAUUCUUAUGAUUUUUUUCAAAAAGAAAUAUUGUCCGCGCAUCGCGCGGGUACUACACUAGAUACAUAGUUGGGGUCCUAACUCCAAAUGUCUUUGACAAGGAUAAUACUGUAAGUAUGAUUUAAAUUUUCAACUCUUGAUUAUUCUUCUCUUAGAUUGUUGACAUUCUCUUGGACCGCUGCUUGCAGCCUGAUUCAUUUUACUUCAAUGUUCUUCCCUUUGCUGAGGAUGUUCGGGAGUUUCAGUUUCUUCUUUCAGCAAUCUGCCUUCAUCAAUGCAGCCAAAUGAAAAGCAACAAGAGGCGGCAGAUAAAUUGGUUCAGAUGUUGGAUCUUGUACCACCUGGAAAGCAGGAAGUGUGGCCUCCUGACUUUACACCUAAUCCUGUUUUAGAGGCUGAUCAGCUGACACACUAGAACUAUUGUUGUUAUCCAUGCCAAGGUCAAGUAAAAAAAAAGUGCAGGAGUGCAGCUGGUUGCCUUGCCGCAGGAUGCUGAGCAUUAGCUGUACUAGCUGGCGAUGACGCACCACUAUCUGCUAUAGGAGCAGAAGAAUCAGAAGAAGUUUGUUCACCUGCCUCGGCAUACUCUUCAUCCUCAGUUUUCUGAGUGGUCUUCACACGAGUGAUAAAUGCUUAUGGAGACUUAUGAUAGACAGUGGAUAAAGUGGCAAUAUUGGAAAGAAGUUCGUCAAGAAGAGUAGGAUCAACUUGGUUUGAAUCAUCACUAAUCAUGGGCUUUUCAGCUAGCACAACAUAUUUAGCUGCCUCAGGAUCAGUUGAGAGAAGACGCCAAUAAAUGUACGCAUGAUCUUGCAAGUCUGGAUUGUCAGUCUUCACAGGGGCAUUAUUUAAGACCAUAUGGAUCAUUUGUUAUGUGAGCAUCAAGUCUUGAGUUGAUAAUUGAUGCUUUUAGAUCACUUUUUUAGUUAUGUGAGCAAAGAAAGCAUCCAAACACUCAUAGUUUUGUUGGACGUUAUAAAAUAGGGGGGAUCCCAGCAUACAAGAAGUCAUGCUAUCCUCCUUAUGUACAUUUAUUAGGUUACAGUAGAGAGCUACCAAACAUGAACACUUACAUUUUAACAUGUUUAAAUAAGAAGUAACAUCUCUGGUUCCCUUCUUUUCA